AUGUGUUCACUUCCUGGUAGCAGCUCUUCAGAAGGAACACAAGGCAGUAUUCACAAAUGGUACUUCACAAAGGAGGAGGUUUGUUUUAGUUCCUCUCUACUACUUCCUUUUUUCUUUUUUGUAAUCCUCAUCUAA